GUCCCUUUCGGCGGGGAUGCGUGGCGUCGGCGGAAGCGCCCGCGGCUGGCUGCGGCUCUGCGGAGGAGGCGUCCCGGGGCGCGGCGGGAGGCGAGCGAUGGCCGAGGCGGCCGCCCAGAUGGGCCAGAGGAUCGUCUGGGUGGACCUGGAGAUGACCGGCCUGGACGUUGAGAAGGACCAGAUCCUGGAGAUGGCCUGCCUGGUCACAGAUUCAGGGCUGAACAUCCUGGCCGAAGGUCCUAACCUGAUCAUCAACCAGCCCAAUGAGUUGCUUGACAGCAUGUCAGACUGGUGCAAAGAGCAUCAUGGGAAGUCGGGUCUGACCAAGGCCGUGAAGGAGAGUACGAUCUCCCUGCGCCAAGCGGAGUACGAGUUCCUGUCUUUCAUCCGACAACAGACUCCGCCGGGGCUCUGCCCUCUCGCAGGAAACUCUGUUCAUGCCGACAAGAAGUUCCUUGACAAAUACAUGCCGCAGUUCAUGAAGCAUCUCCAUUACCGGAUCAUCGACGUCAGCACCGUGAAGGAACUCUGCAGGCGCUGGUACCCUGAGGACUAUGAGUUUGCUCCCAAGAAGUCUGCUUCUCACAGAGCCCUGGACGACAUCCGGGAGAGCAUCAGAGAGCUGCAGUUCUACAGAAAUAGCAUCUUUAAGAGGAAAACAGAUGAAAGGAAAAGAAAACUGGAAAACGGAGAAAGCGAACAGUCUAUUAGUUGAUCCCGCAUCCCCGUCCUUCAGGAAAACCUCCAGAGCCCAGGGCAGUCUUCCUGCGGAAGAGAAGAACUGCCUUUCAGCUCCGUCGCUUUCUCAGAACGGCGACGUGAGAGGAUCCCGGAGGGGAGAGGCAUUUCAAGGCCUGCCUCUGCCACUCGCUGGUUCUUCCGUUCAGAAGUACCGAAUGCUUGCGGUCCUCGGAGAAGGGCCUGCAUUUGGCCGCAAACAGCCUCAACUUGUUUUAGAAUUAAAAUCGACCUCCCUG